CAAGACCGUCAGAGACACAAACAGGGCACAGACCGUCAGAGACACAAACAGGGCACAGACCGUCAGAGACACAAACAGGGCACAGACCGUCAGAGACACAAACAGGGCACAGACCGUCAGAGACACAAACAGGGCACAGACCGCCAGAGACCAGGGCCAGGCUGUAAGAGAGACAGAGCACAGCACAGAGACACAAGCAGCUGUAUACGUUGUUUGAUAAGAGUGAACCCUGUACCACGUAAAAAAGCCAAAAGUUGUAUGUUUCUCCAUACAGUAAGAGUGUCUGUUAAAUGCCUGCAAUGUAAUAUCAAGAAGCUGAGCAGGUCACCCUAAAGACAAAAAACAUGUUUACACACGUUCUCGGGAAUUAAGCUGUUCAUGGAAACAUGCAAAUCUAGACUUACACCUACACCUAUACACACACCCACACACAACAUAUACACGCAAACAUAAAUAUAUUGCAUACACAGACACAAGCACACACAAGCAUAUAGGCCUAUACACAGUUACGUACACACAGACAUACAAACACAGUAUAUCUAGAUUAUACUGUGGGCUAAGCACAUGUUUUUUUCCCCCUAGAUGACAAAUUGAUUAUAGCAUGAAACGGAGAUGCACAGAUACGCACUGCAGGAUGUAUACGGCAGCCAAGCUCAGAAAGAUGGAGACGUCAGCCAUCGAGCAAACAAAACGAGGGAGGACAUGAACUCGUACAACUCGAUAAAGUGUUUGGGGCCCCUUGGACAGAGGUGCCUCGUCCACGUAUCUCCCUUCGCUGAAGCAGGAAGCACCCCGACUCUGUGGCAGCCACUAGGGCCCCUGGAAACGAAAGGCGCAACUUGGAUUUUUUUUCUUGUUUUUUUUCGUUUUCUGUAACCAUCACAACUGAGAGAGAGGACGAAGAACACCUGAAAGCAGAUUUGGCGGGAGGGGGGAGGGAUCACAAGCGUGUGCGCGGUCGGGGACGGUUUCGAUUUGCGUCACGGUAGAGGGGCGAUCUCCGGAGGCGCAGCCCAGGAGACACGAGGGCAGGGACCGCAGUGCAGGAAGUGACCUCAGGCUGUACUUCUUUUCCUGCAGAGGAAGGACUUCUCCAUUUCAGAAAACGCGUGCAGCACGAAGACGCAACGUGGUCGCCUCUGGAUUUUUUUCUUACGAGAGACCGUCGGCGCCACGAGCACGGGCGACAGGGAGACGGAGACAGAACCGCUCUGCUUUCGGUGAGUCCGCGGGUCGCAGGCUCCACCAGGCCACUGUGGGCGGGAACGUGGCGGAGGGGAACACACAAACCGGGCCGCGCCACAGUGGAACGGCUGGGAAUAUCAGCUAGUUCUCACAGUGCCCAGGCUCCACGCACCCCAGCAGCACAGAGAUGGCGCAGGGAAACGUCAGCAACGCCACGUGCACCAACCUGUACGACCACCGCGACACGGCCCGCGUGCUCAUGCCCCUGCUCUACGCCGUGGUCUUCACCGUGGGGCUCCUGGGCAACGGCCUGGCCCUGCACGUCAUCCGGCCCAACCGCAAGAAGAUGAACUCCACCACGCUCUACUCCACCCACCUGGUGGUGUCGGACAUCCUGUACACGCUGUCCCUGCCGCUGCGCAUCGUGUACUACGCGCGCGGGUUCCACUGGGACAUGGGCGAGGCCCUCUGCCGGAUCACCGGCCUCAUGUUCUACAUCAACACCUACGCCGGCGUGAACUUCAUGACCUGCCUCAGCGUGGACCGCUUCAUCACCGUGGUGCUGCCGGGCCGCUACGGGCGCUUCCGCAAGGUCCACAACGUGCGCUACAUCUGCGUGGCGGUGUGGCUGCUGGUGCUGGGCCAAACCCUGCCCCUCCUCACCAUGCCCAUGACCAACCAAGAGCUGGGCCACAUCACCUGCAUGGAGUACCCCAACUUCGAGAAGGUGGACAACCUGCCGGUCAUGCUGAUCGGGGCCGUGCUCCUGGGCUACGGGAUACCCGUGGUGACCAUCCUCACCUGCUACUCGGUACUGUGCUGGAAGCUGCACUUCGCGGCCAAGCAGAACCAGCUGACGGAGAGGUCGGGGCGGAACAAGAAGGCGAUCGGGGUGAUCUGCGGCGUGAUCCUGGUGUUCGUGGUGUGCUUCAGCCCCUACCACAUCAACAUCCUGCAGUACAUGGUCAGGAAGCUGCGCUACACGCCUGACUGCGCCGAGCUGCAAGUCUUCCAGGUGUCCCUGCACGCCACCGUCUGCCUGAUGAACCUCAACAGCUGCCUAGACCCCUUCAUCUACUUCUUCGCCUGCAAGGGCUACAAGAGGAAGAUCAUGAAGAUGAUGAAGAGGCAGGUCAGCAUGUCCCUGUCCAGCGUGAUCCGGACCUCACCCGAGGGCUCCUCCAAGGACCUCGACGCGCACAAAAUCCACCUGACCAGCCCCCGGGCCCAACACCGAACAUGACCUGAACACCAUGCUCCCCGGGCCCAACACCAAACAUGACCUGAACACCAUGCUCCCCGGGCCCAACACCAAACAUGGCCUGAACACCAUGCCCAGACCGCGGCCUGAACACCACGCCCCUCCCGGGCCAAAGGCGGUCAUAGACGGCCACAAACAGUCUGCACUUCACUGCAGCGGUACUUCACUGAAACACAAACGAGCCCCACGUUUCUCUAAUUCCGUUGAAAUCGGUGUCACAGUUUUUUUGCGUACAAAAUACUAUUCUUUGUCCUGAAAGAUAGAGACAAAGUUAUAAGAACUGGGUAUUUUAAAUAUGAGAAAAAUCUCAACAUGUACAUGUUUGUAAAUAUGUUUAUUGCAUUGGGACUUGGAGCAGAUAUCACUGAGAAUGUUUUUGUUAAUAAGGACUAAACAUAUUUCCUUUCCUUAAUAAAUAUGAAGCUAAUGUGUUAUAGGAACUUCAAUUUUGUGUGUUUUAUGAUGCAAUGUUCAACAUGAUGUAUUCAUUCAUAUACAAUUGCAGGUAAUGGCACAUUUACAAAGCCAAAUCAGGUUAAAAACUCUCUGACAGAAUGGGAUGUUUGUUUGUUGGCAAAAGACAAAAUAGUUUUGUAUCAAAUUUUGCAAGACAAAGACACAGCGAAAUACAGUAUGACCCUACACUGUGAAAUUCUAAUCACUGUACCACGUUACAGAGAUUGUUUUUACAAUAAUUUUAAUAUCGACUUGAUUUUGUAGCUAACUUGAUCAGGCUAUGCAUAUUUAACACUGAUGUUGUAAAUCCCAGGUGUUAAUUCAAGAAAGGGUGUAUAUAAAAUGGAAUACAUUUCAUGGGUCACUACCAAAAUCUUUGCAUCCCCACUGUUAAAUAAAAUUUAUAUUUUA